AUGGAAAAUUGCUUUCCAGAGUUGACAUAUGAGGUGAAGAAAACUUUAAGUUCGGUAGGGUUGAAGAUGAGAAGAUUCAUGCAUGUCCCAAUGAUUGCAUUUUGUACCGUAAAGAGCAUGCCCACAUGGACACUUGUCCAGAAUGUGGUUUGCCACGGUACAAGCCGAACAAGAGUAAGGAGAUCCGAAAAACUUAUUCCAGAGAAAGUCUUGUGGUACUUGCCUUUCAUUCCGCGACUCAAGCGGUUCUAUCGAAGUGCAGAAACUUCUGAAAACUUAUUAUGGCACGAGAAAAGGCGAAUGAAAGACGGUAAACUCCGACAUCCUGCUGAUUCACAAGCUUGGAAAAAAGUAAAUUAUUUGAAUCCAGACUUCGCAGCUGAACCAAGACAUCUACGGCUUGGUCUAUUAGCCGAUGGAGUAAAUCCACAUAGAUCUCUUAGCAGCCGACAUAGUUCAUGGCCUGUGUUCCUUGUUAUGUACAACCUUCCUCCUUGGUUGGUGAUGAAAAGGAAAUUUACGAUGUUAUCGCUAAUGAUUUCAGGGCCUAAACAGCCGGGACAUGAUAUCGAUGUUUAUUUGGCACCGUUAGUUGAUGACUUGAAAGAGUUGUAUGAAGAUGGUGUUGAUGCAUACGAUGGUUUUAAGAAAGAAGUUUUAAAGUUGAAGGUUGUGCUGUUGUUGACUGUUAGUGAUUUCCCUGCGUAUAGUAAUCUAUCAGGGUUGAGCACAAAAGGCUAUGAAGAAGGAGAAGUUGCACCUUUGCCACUUUCAGGGCGACAAAUUCUUGAAGAAGUUGAGAAAAUAGAUUUCAAGUAUGGAAAGGGCAAGAAAAAGAGAAACCCCAAUGGAUGUUUUCAAAGAAAAUUGAUUUUCUUCUGUCUUCCAUACUGGAAAGAUUUACUUGUUAGACAUUGUUUGGAUGUCAUGCACAUAGAAAAGAAUGUGUGUGAAAGCAUUGUCGGUACGUUACUUGACAUCCCUGGUAAAAGCAAAGAUGGUUUGUCUAGUCGUUUAGACCUUGUUGAGUUGGGUAUAAGACACAGUUUGGCACCUGUGGAUAAAGGCAAACAUACAUAUUUACCUCCCGCAGCUUUCACAUUGUCUAAAGAAGAGAAACAAGCCGUAUGCAACUCAUUCGCAAAGAUGAAAGUGCCUGAUGGGUAUUCAUCUAACGUUCGAAACUUAGUGUGUAUGGAAGAAUUAAAGUUAAUGGGUAUGAAAUCGCAUGAUUGUCACACGUUAAUGCAACAAUUACUUCCAAUUGCCAUUCGAUCAGUCUUACCUAAAAAAGUUCGACAAACUUUGACAAAGGUUUGCAUAUUCUUUAAUCAAUUGUGUGGGAAAGAAUUAGAAAUGAAGAAAUUGAAUUCAUUGCAUGAUGACAUAGUUAAAACUCUAUGCAAUCUUGAAAAAUAUUUCCCUCCAUCAUUCUUUGACAUCAUGAUACAUUUGAUGGUCCAUCUAGUAAGAGAAGCGAAGUUGUGUGGGCCAGUUUGGGCGAGAUAG